AUGGCCUCAGACAUCGCGAAAAGGUUCCCGUGCCCAGAGGGCGGCUGCACCAAAUCGUUCACGAGGAAAGCUGCGUUACAGCACCAUCUUGAUGGCCGUCAGCAUGCUGGCCAGCAGCCGUUCCAAUGCCCUCAGUGCCCGACCCGUUUUGUACGGAAAGGUGACCAGAAGAAGCACGAAGAAAGAAAGCACCGGCACCUGGCAAGAUUCGGCUGUGGUGCAAGCAGCUGCAGUGCCGCAUUCGCAACGAGACAUGAGCUGAAUCGCCAUCUGACACGCUUUCCCGAGCAUUCCCAGGAGGGCAGCGCCAGCGUGUUCUUCCAAGAGAUGACAGUUAAAACAUCGAACCGAAACCCAAACCGAGAGGAUAUUGAUGUACAGUAUGAAGAACAGGCCAGUAGGCACCUGGUCGGCUGUGGGGGAUGGAUUGUAUCUCCUGCUGUGCCUGAGGGUGAGCGAGCCCAAGGUGGACAGACGAAAGACGCAUAUUUGGUUACUGAAAUGUCGACCAUGUCUCUAGAAAACAAUCUCUUCCUACUCUCGAAACAGAAAACCAAUUUUCCAAGAGCUGAUGUGACAAUACAACCCUCCGGAUUCAUUCCACUCGACAGCACAAGGGAACUAGGGAUGGAAGGCCUUCAGCAUAGGUGGAGUACGCUCGAAGAAUUCCUACAGGCCUUUAAUUCCGAAUGGGACCGAAAAUCUGAUGGCACCUUGCGAGCACGCUCCAUGAGCCAUGUGAGGCCGUUGCAGCCCUUGGUCGCUCCCGACGUAUCUCUUUGGGUGACAGGAGGAUUCGUCCCCGGGGACCUGCCACUGACUGCCGAGUCGAACUCCAGUGCAGCUGUAGACGCAACAGGAGUGCUGCAGCAGUUGAUGGAAUCGGUCCGGAAGUCGUGGGAUCAGUACAACUUUUCAGACCUCGAGGUCAAUCUCGAUCUUCUGUACACCAAGUUGGUCAACAGGUUUCGGAGUCACCGACGGCAUGGUGUGGGAGUGCUCGAUCAUGAGCAGCAUGUGAUGAUGCUGCUGCGAGAGACGCUCAUAGAGGGUCUCACACAACGACAGAGGAUUGAGUCUGGAAUACUCAGCCGUCUCUUCGACGAGUUUGUGGAUUUCUGCACCACCCGGGGUAAGAGGAGAUCUUUUGAUGAGCUCGAGAAAGAUCUCCCACAUUGGCAAAUUUGGGACGAGCUGGCACAAAUUUCUGACGAACAAGAACAGAAAGCCCUGAUUCAGAAACAAAUGCGGCUCCUUGUGCAGCAGGAGCGACAGAGAUCGGGGCAUCCACGUUCAGGAGCGAAUUUGACUCUCGAAUGGCUGGAGGAGUCCAUCCAGUGUGCCUUCAUGGCUCGGACCUUUUGCAAGUCGAUUAUCUCUGGGCGCACUGAUAGCGUCAUGGAGACGGUGCGGACUGUUACACAUCAAGCGGUUGGCAGCAUUGAAAUGGCAUCUGAUGGACAGGAGGUGUGUGAGAUGGAUCUUGAUGUCCGCGUAUGA